AUGGGCCUGAGAGCCGAAGGGAUCUAUAAAGGUCAUUGUUUCCGGAUCAACCACUUCCCAGAAGACAAUGAUUAUGACCACGACAGCUCAGAAUAUCUUCUGCGUAUUGUUAGGGCUUCCAGUGUGUUCCCUAUCCUCAGCACCGUCUUCCUUUUGCUGGGAGGUCUAUGCAUUGGUGCCGGGAGGAUUUACAGCAGCAAGAACAACAUCAUCCUUAGUGCGGGGAUCCUAUUCGUUGCCGCAGGUCUGAGUAACAUCAUUGGAAUCAUCGUUUAUAUCUCCAGCAAUGCAGGCGACCCAAGUGACAAGAGAGAUGAAGACAAAAAAAACCAUUACAACUAUGGUUGGUCUUUUUACUUUGGCGCUCUGUCUUUUAUUGUGGCUGAGACCAUAGGCGUCCUGGCUGUAAACAUUUACAUUGAGAAAAAUAAAGAGUUAAGAUUUAAGACCAAACGGGAGUUCCUAAAGACUUCUUCCUCUUCCCCUUAUGCCAGAAUGCCAAGUUACAGGUAUAGAAGGAGGAGGUCCAGGUCUAGUUCCCAGUCCACGGAGGCUUCUCCUUCCAGGGAUGUCUCUCCUGUCAGCAUGAAGAUCUCAAGUUCCAUCCCCAUGGGGGAGAUCUCCAUGUACACCCUAUCCAGGGAACCCCUGAAAGUGACCACAGCAGCAAGCUACAAUCCAGAGCAAGAGGCUGGCUUCCUCCAGGUUCACAACUUCCUGCAGAAAGAGCUGAAGGAAGGAUUUCACGUCAGCAUGAUUAAUCGGCGGACCACGCCUGUGUGAGGAGAGGGCAGGAUCUCCUUCCCCUUAAAAAUAAUUCUCAUCUCCUUACUACAAUGGAUCUUUUGAUGAAACAAGAAGAUCCUUAAAAGAACAAACAGACCAAAAGAGAAAAAAGAAAAAAAGAAAAAAAACUCAACAUGAAACAAAAAAUUUUCCCUGAUCUCCAAAACACAUCAAGUGCUGGUUUUUACUAAUAAGGACCUGGGGAUAUUGGAAUAUGAACAGCAGCCAGAAGCUGAAGGCUGACUUUAAGCAAGGAGGUUGUUCAAAUGCCUUAAGGUUUAGUCAGCCUCAGAAGAAGGCAAAAGUGCUUACCUGAGCCUUCUGGGGUAACUCAGUCUUAUUGAUGCUGGAACACAAAAUUGAGCCAUUAUCUCCUUUUGAAAACAUAACUUUACAGAAGAAUGGGAUUUCCAUGGACUUAUACUUCAUAGCGCCCAGAACCACUGGAAAGCCUCCACUUUACACAACGGAGGGCUAUUGUGGAGAUCACUGCUGCUCCUCAGAACAGUGUUUCACUUGCUUUCUGUGAUGGAGAAGAGGAAACCAAAGCUGCUCUCUCAAUCCCUCUCUCUCUCUCUCUUUCUCUCUCUCUCUCUCUCUCUCUCACAAGCGGACUUGGGUUGAAAACUUUUGAGCAGAGGACAAAAGAACAGCACCAAGCUAGUACUUCCAGAAUGCCUGUGGCUGGGGCACUAGCUCCAUUAACAGAAGUUAGGGAAGAUGGAGAGCUGGCCUGGAAUUCCACAGGCACUGAGUGACUGAGUUUGGAGACCUAGACAAGUUAAGGAGAGCAAUGGACUGGGCAACCAGAAAGGAAAUAAGCAAGUAGAUGUUUGAAUGGAAAUAUUCCAAGCAGCCUUUGCCAAGGUGACUUCAGGCCUCAGUUUGGGGACAUGGCUAUAGAUGGAAAGAGCUAUCCAGACAAAAAGUGAAAGAAAGAACAUGGGGCAGGAUCAUGGAUCCUGCCCGUUUGCCUCUCUCUGCAGGCCAAGGCAGAGCUAAUCUUAGUGGAUGUCUGCAGUGCUUCUCUUUGGAGCUAGCCAGUGUUUGGCAUAGAGAAUGUUUGUCCAGAUAUGUGAACUUAGAGUUAAUAUAUUAAUGAUGCUAUGAGAAAUACAGAGAACACAAACACACUCAGUAGGUUUAUUAAAUGUGUUUUAUUACAAAUAUAUGCCAGGGGAACAAGUCAUGUCCAUUCCUUUUUUUGUAUCCCCAGCAUCUAGCACGGUGCCUGGUACACAGUCGGCACUUAAUAAAUGCUUGUUGAUUGAUUGGUUCUUUCCCUUUAAAAAUUCACAUCAUUAUAAUCUAUUUUGUUAAACUCUGAGAGGAUUGAAUGGAGGAAGUUUAGAUAAAUGGGCAGAAAUACUCAUUGUUUCUGACUAUAAAAAUUUUUUAAAAACUUAAUACUUUAUUUUAUUUUUCAGAAUACAACCAAGGUGGGGGAACACAUUCAUACAACCUUUACUUUUCCUAAUUCCUCUUGUUUUCCCUUGAAGGAAGAGGGAAAAGUAGAGUAUGUCCAAGUUCACAAGAAAGACACGGACCUUUACCCCUUUUUAUAUAAACACGCCUUUGUGCUUUCUAAAAAUAAAUUAUUUCCUACUUUUUUGAGACAAUACAACCUGAUCUGCCAUCUCUGAACACAGUAGGUGGGCUUCAAAACAUCCAUCAAAUUCUUACCUCAGCUACUGGCUCACAACUCCCAGUGACUAAUGGCUCAGCUCCCUGGGAGUAAGGAGGCACCGAAUUUGGUCCAUUCUGUCUCAUUAUGACAUCACACUCACAUCCUCCUCCUUUGCACCUGCUAGAGUAAGUCCCUUUCUAGGUGCAAUUCCUCCAGCUGAGUGUUCCCUGUGUUAGUAAGAUAAACAGUAGAUACUAGUUUCCCCUCUGUGUUUUGCUGUAAUGCUUUCCUUCCAAGCUGAAGUUGGCAUUUGUAUGAUACUAUCUCUGACCGUUAGCUGCAACGAAAAAAGAAGGGCAAGGGUUUUGUCUUGAAAAAACCUUUUCUCAGCUGUUGGGCCAACUUCACCAACACCACCUUAUCCGGGUCAGAUCGGGAUCCUCUCUGCCUGGAAUCCAGCUCUGAUCUGUGGACCCUCACCCUCUAUCAACGUCCCCAUGCUUCUGCUCCGAGGUCAAGAGAGCCAGGCUGCCCUGCCAUUGUUCUAGAUUGGUCAUCUCCAAAUUCUCUGCUUUGAAGCAGCUAAAAAGUUAUGGAAGAAGCUCUACCCCUUUGCACAGUCCCAGGCAAAGAAAACGUGCCCGGCUGAUGGGGAUGAAGGGGUAGAGUGAAGGGCUGAGAAAGAGAAGGACAAUGAUAGACAGCCAAAGAUGCUCUGACCCUUUGGCCCUCAGAUGUCCUUACCUCGAGCGCCCUCCUUUCCUACCCAUCUCUAAGGCAUGACCCGUCUCUUGCCGCUAACCCCUUCCUUGCUGGAUUUUUGUCUAGGCUCAGUAGGUGGCCCCCAGCAAGGGAGGAGAGCUGGUUCCCUCUUCCUUGUUAGUCUGGGCUCCCCUGGGGGAGACAGAGUAGACAGUGGUGCUCUAACCCUCUCGGAGGGGGAGACUUGUUUUUCCUCAUCCUCCCUCCCUUCUGACCCUCUUAUCAACUCAUGUGCGUUCUACCCAUUUAGCACCAUGUGAAUCUUGUAUCUACUAUUGUUUCCCAGUUGUUGGUUUUGUCUUUUUAAAAAUAAUAAUAAAAAACAUUUUUCAAAUGUU